AUGAAUUUUAUCAAGAAAUUCAUCGGAACGUCACCAACAGACGAAGUUGCCCUGAUACCGUCAGGAAAGCUAUUUCUAACAAGGUCUCCCAACUCACCUAAAGGUGAGUUAGAAUGCUUAUACAAUGAUGCAUUUGCAUCCAUUAGGAAAACGACUUCUCUAUUUUACUAUCAACUUUGUAUCACUAGGGUAUUUCAGGAGGGAGAGUUAGAUUCUCAUGGUACAAGUGGUUUUGACGAUUCGGAUGAAGAUGAAGAUUUCAACGUCCACGAAUCUGCGCAUAGUCUAAGUGAAUCUAAUAUAGGAACAGGCGGCUUCAAAGAUGAAUGGCAAUUUCCCAUAAACGAAGAGCUAGAGAUCCAUUUUUACGACAAGAAAGAUAGCAGUAAAGCAAUAUCGUGGCGUGAUUUGAAUGGAGAUUUCGGGGACAAUUUUGAAUUUAUAGUCGAUGAAGAGAUUAAGUUCAGUAAGAUUGAUGAAUUUCAGUUGGCAUUGUAUAAAUGCUUGUAUGAGCUGAAGUAUCAUAAGAGUUCUGUUUCCGCUAGCAAAAAAGAUUUGCAGGAAUUCGCUCAUAAAUCAAAAGGUGAUUUAUUUAGUUUGAAUACGAGAAGCUUUGACCGUUCAAACAUUCUUAACUACUCUGAAACGGAUGAUGAGGACGAAGACGAAGAAGAAGAGGAAGAGGAAGAGGAAGAAGAAGAGUUACAUGACGAAGACAACGAUCAAUCUUCUGUCGAUGAAUUCCACGAUGCGGACGCUUCUUUAUUCCCUUCCAAUACGAAAGCGGACUUGAACAAGAAGGGCUCGACUGGAAUUUCGGCUUCACAUCCAGCUUCGGACAAAUUGUCGCUGCCAUAUCUCUCCCCAAAAGGGACAACUGUUUUCGAGAGAUCAUCAUUUGAUUUGCAUUUGUUUGAUUCAGAGUCUGGAAUUUUUAAAUUACAAGCGAAAGCAGGAUCUUCGACUGUUAAAGUGAUUCAAGUCGGCGAUUGGAGGUACGUAUUGGAGAUUACGACGAACUCUAACCGUAUAAACUUUAAUACUGAAAUCACUCAAAGUAUGAGUCCUACUUUCAAUUACGACUUUUUUUCGUUUGUUUUUAAUUACUAUGUUGUGAAUGGUGAAGAAAUUUCUGCAUAUUCUUGGCUCUUGAAAUUUUCAACUUUUGAUGAGCUUAAUGAUCUUCAAACGGUCUUUAUGAAGGCUUUAUGGGAAUCUUUGAAUAAGACUGCUUGGAAAUCAACAAGUGCUGCUGAUAAAGAAUACGUAAUGGAUGCUUUCUCUACACUUUUCAUAAGCGAUGAUGAAGAAAAAGAAGAGGUUAAUAAAAUGAACGAUGACGAUGUGGAGAUGCUUGGCAGCGAUGACGAAGACGAUAUCAAUAAAUUAGUUGAGAAAAAGCUUAGAGGUCCAACGAAGAAGAAGAUCUUGUACGAUGAAGUAGAUGAAGACGAGGAAGAUGAAAAUGGCCUUUCAGUUUGGAAGUCAGACCGAGAGAAAAAUAGUAAUAUGUCGAUUGGAUUCGCAAAUGAUAGGUCUUAUGUUGUCAGAGGAAACAAAUUGGGGGUAUUUGGAAAUGAUGAUAAUUCCUUGAGCUACAAGACCACAAUUUCUAAUUUGCAAGACUUGAAAGGCUCGAGGAUUAAUCCAGAAAAAGUAAUGUUACAUCAACAAGAUGAAGUUAUGAUAAUGUCUAAUUCGAAGCACGAUAAGGAAAAGUUAUAUAAGAUGGAUUUGACAAGAGGUAAGAUAGUAGAAGAAUGGAAUGUUAAAAAAGAUUUACCUGUUGUAUCUUUUGGUCCAAAUGAUAAAUUCUCCCAACUUACCAAUGAGCAAACGUUGACUGGAUUGUCUAAUAAUGACAUAUUUAGAAUCGAUCCAAGACUACUGGGCUAUAAGAUUGUUAACGAUAAGACUUACAAAGCUUACAAGACCAAGAAUAAUGAUUUCCUGACCUUGACUACUACCGAGCAAGGUUAUUUGGCAGUUGGAUCAUCUAAAGGUGACAUUAGAUUGUACGAUAAGCUUGGAUUGAAUGCAAAAUCUGCUUUACCAUCUCUAGGUGAAGCCAUUAGGGGUUUGGAUGUUUCGAAUGAUGGUAGAUGGUUGUUAGCAACUUGCAAAUCUUAUGUUUUAUUGAUAGAUACAAAGAUUGGACGAAACCAAAAGAACUAUGGAUCAUUGGGAUUCCGAAAACAUUUUGAUCUGGACAAAAAGCCCACACCAAGAAGAUUGUCAAUAAAACCAGAACAUGGAGCCUAUAUUUUACAACAAACCAGGAUGCCAGUAUUGGAGUUCACCAAGGCACAUUUUAACACUGGCCUAACAUCCAAGGAAACAACAAUUGUUACAUCGGUCGGUCCAUAUCUUAUUACCUGGUCUCUAAAGAAAGUUCUCUUAGGAGAUGACGAGCCUUAUUUGAUCAAGAAAUAUGACCAAAAGAUUAUUGCAGAUGACUUCAAAUUUGGUUCAAACCAGGAGCUUAUACUAGCAUUACAGGACGACGUUUCAAUGACCAAUAGGAAAAGUAUGAGGAAAGCAUCCAAUACAUUUUUUAAGAAGGGUUGA